AUGAGGUUUCCUGCUAAAGAAGGGCUUCUCGUGGCCCUCUCUGCGAGCGGCGUCCGGGCCGUAAACAACGGACUGGCGAGAACUCCCCAGAUGGGAUGGAACAACUGGAACACGUUUGCCUGCUCCGUCUCGUCGACCCUCCUCACCAACACGGCCAAGCUGCUCACGGAAUACGGGCUGCAGGACCUGGGCUACAAGUACGUGGUGCUAGACGACUGCUGGUCGUCGGGCCGCGACGCCGACGGGAAGCUCGUCGCGGACACCACCAAGUUCCCGGACGGCAUGGGCGCGGUGGCGGAGGAGCUGCAUGGGCAGGGGUUUCUGUUUGGGAUGUACUCGAGCGCGGGCGAGAUGACAUGCGCGCGAUAUGCUGGAUCCCUCGAUUACGAAGAAAACGAUGCUCAGAGCUUCGCCGACUGGGGUGUCGACUACCUCAAGUACGACAACUGCUAUCAUAUGGGCCGGUUCGGCACGCCCCUCAUCUCCUUUAACCGCUUCAAUGAGAUGGCCAAGGCGCUCAAGAAGACGGGCCGGUCCAUCCUGUACAGCCUAUGCAGCUGGGGCGAGGACUACGUCCACACUUGGGGAGGAUCCAUUGCCAAUUCCUGGCGCAUCUCGGCGUGUAUCGCCCCCGGCACGCACUGCUCCGUCCUGGCCAUCAUCAACAAGGUGGCUCCCUACAUCGACCGAGGCCUGCCGGGCGGGUGGAACGACUUGGACAUGCUGGAAGUUGGCCACGGCGGCAUGACGGAAGAAGAGUACAAAGCCCAUUUCUCCAUGUGGGCGGCGCUCAAGUCCCCCCUGCUCCUCGGCAACGACCUCCGCAAGUUAACGGCUUCCUCUCUCGCCAUUAUCAACAACCCCGCCAUCAUUGCCCUCAACCAGGAUCCCCGUGGCCGCGCCGUCCAGCGCAUCUCGCGCAAUCUCGACGUUCCCAAGGACCGCCACGGUGUAGGUGAAACGCACGUCUGGAGCGGCCCCCUGGCCAACGGCGACCAGGUCGUCAUCUUCCUCAACGCCGCCGACACAGACCUCGACAUGUCCGUCUCGCUCGAGGACGUCUUCAUCAUGGACGGCGUGGGCACCGCCCCGCAGGUCAAGCAGGACUGGGCCAUCCACGACCUGUGGGGUAGCAGCGGCUCUCGCAUGAGCUCGCAUGACGCUCAAACCCUGCUCGACGCCAAGGAUGCGGACGCUCGUCGCUCGCUGCUGCAGACCAAGCUCGACUGGUACAACGCGACGGAGCUCCCCUAUGCCCAGGGCCUGAGCCGUCGGGACCCACGGCUGUUUGGCGAGCGGAUUGGCGCCGUCGAGGCCGGUGGCAUCAUCAGUGCCAGGGUGCCGAGACAUGCAGCCAAGGUGUUUAGGCUGCAGAGCACCAGCGGAGAGGAUACCACCAGGAAGAGCCUUCUCAAGGACGAGCUUUGA